ACGCACCACCAGAUAAACAAAUACAAAUUGUUCGUUUGUUGAAUUGUGCAUCUAGGGGAAAUAUUCAACGCAUGAAAUCUUUUAAAGAAUCCAAUUAUGAAAUGGACCUUUGUGAUUAUGAUAACAGAACAGCUUUACAUAUCGCUGUCAGUGACAACCAGGAACAUAUUGUCGAUUUUCUUUUGGGCGAGUGCAAUCUUCAAAAUGUAGCACGUGAUAUGAAAGACAGAUGGAACAAUACCCCAUUAUCAAUUGCAAAAGAGCCUGGUAAUGAAGAGGUGUACAAAGUUUUUUUGAAGCAUCGUAUAAUAUUAGUAGAUACUGAAAAUGACGAAUAUAGAACUUAUGAACUUCUUGAUGCUGGUGCUAACGGGAAAAUAGAAGUACUUGAAAGAUUGCAUAGCAAGAAAGUUAAUAUGAAUUUAAGAGACUAUGAUGGAAGAACAGCAUUACAUCUAGCUGCUGCUGAAAAUCAAUUGGAGGCUGUAAAGUUUCUUGUACAUGAAGCAAACGUAGAAACAUCUAUACCUGAUAGGGAAAAUAGACGACCUUUAGAUGAAGCUAAAAAAGAAGAAAUUAAAAGUCUUUUGAGAGCCUCAAAAACUGAACUUAAAAACUCUACAUAUGUCAAGCCUUCAACGAGUAGUCAGACAACACUCAUGGUAAUGGACGCAGCUUCAAAAGGACAACUGCAUAACCUGAAAGACAGCUUUUCAUACUUUCCGAUGGAUAGCUGUGACUAUUUUAAAAACACGCCUUUACAUGUUGCUGCAUCAAAAGCCAAGUUAGAUGAUGUCAAAUAUCUUUUAGAUGAAAGGAAAGUUUCUCCGUUUGUUCGAAAUAGCUUUUGGAAAACACCGAUUCAAUUAGUGGAUGAAAAAAUUCUUUAUUGGCAGAAGAAGGAACUCAUGGCUCCUGAAAAUAAUGUGACACUUUUAAAAAAUGCAUCUGUAGAUGUUCUUUUAAAUAUUAAAACAUCUAGAAAACAAGACUUUAAGGUUGUUAAAAAUGUACUGGAAUCGGCUGUAAAAGAUGCAAAAGGAAAACAAGUUGAAGUAAGUUUUUUCUAA